AAGUGUGUAUGCGAAUGAACGAUUACCAGCUGGAGGACGAUCCAGUGACCAAGCAGAAGUAUUUCAGGAGAUACGCUCCGAGAAAGGGAGACAAAAUAUACAAAGAAUAUAAAAAGUUCUUCUUUUAUUCUGAUGCCUUCAAACCUUUGAAAUUCGCGUGCGAAGCCAUCAUUGAAAAGUAUGAGGAUGAGAUUUUCGCACUUAUCGCCCAGGAGGCACACCAUCUAGCUGACAUGCUGUGCAGUGAAAAAUCAGAUCUGUGUGGCACUCCAAUCAAUGAUCCUGAACCCUAGGAGUGAGGAGUGGUGUCACAGCCCCGAAGGUCACUGUGCGCCUAACAUCGUGUGACUGCUGUGAUAAGGGGUUUCAUCUCAUGUCUGCUGUACUUGUCUCAUGCGUGAUAUUGGUUUGAAAAUCUCUGACUUGGCAUCAUGACAAACCCCAAGUCAUCUCUUAGGUGGAAAGGAGUUUAUAAAACUAAACACCCCUCUGCAUAUCUGGAUGGAAGCUGGGUCGGCAAUAGAGCAUUACAUUUAGCUGUAGGAAAAAAAAAAGGUGAAGCCAUUUCUUAGAGUCAGUAGGGAUUUAAGAGUGGGUAUGAGUGUUUCAUAGCAAAUGUGUCUGACACGUCCUUAUACAGUUUGCUGUCUGGAAAGAACUUGGUAUGAUUUCUCAAAUAUUUGCUCGACUACAAAUUCAAGGCAUCCACUUGCAACUAAUGCCAUGGGUUGGUUAUUCUGGAAGGUUCGUAUGGUACUUGUAAGUCCACUCCUCUCAAUCCGGACUGGAUCUUACAGAUCUGGACACUCUUAAAUUUUAGAACUUUAUCCUUAAGAUUGAGUAGAAUAAGCCGGGUGGUGGUGGUGCACGCCUUUAAAUCUCAGCACCUGGGAGGCAGAGGCAGGCAGAUCUCAGUGACUUUGAGGCCAGCCUGGUCUACAAAGUGAGUUCCAAGACAGCCAGGGCUACACAGAGAACCUGUCUCAAAAAAAAAAAAAAAUUUGGUUAAUUCAUUAAAAAUAAAUGAAAAGAUUCAGGUGAAUAGCUAAAGGAGCGGGAAUGGCUAGUGCCAUGGUGACUGGCAUCAUGCCGUCUUUCCUGGUUACACUGUGCGUUCAGAUGAUUCCCAAGGCUACUCGUAGUGGGGUUCAAAAGAUACAGCGCUGAGCUUGGUUUUUUUGGUUUUUUGUUUUGUCUUGCUUGACUCUCUCUUGGUUUGUUUUUCCCUCACCAAUCAUAGUGUGGAGAUUUUCCUACCUCCUGAUUUCUCACUCUUCUAUGGGACUUUUAUUUAUGUAUUUAUUUUUGGACGUGGAAGGAAAUUCACCUUUACCACAGUGUAACGAAAUGUAGUAACAGUUACUGCUGCGUGUUCUCAUUGUCUCUGCUAAAUUUGCAUUCAGUGGAAGAUCUAAAAUGGUUGUUUAUAAAACCAUCCAGAAAUUAUACAAUUCAGGUCAUUCUCUGGGUUCCUUACCUUUGCAAAAAUUUACCAAAAUGAAGGAAAGAGAUUUCUAUUUUUUCAUUCCCCUAGUAUUAUUCGGUCUUAAUGUCACUUGUUUAUCUUGGAGUCUGUGAAUGUGUGCUUUUGCAACGUGUCUGUGGCUAGCGGUGUUAUAGGCCCUCUGCAACCGUGAGAUUCUGUGCUGCAAACUAUAACCCUGAGAGUCUGUGCUGCACACUGUAACCCUGAGAUUCUAUGUCCACACUGUAACCCUGAGAUUCUGUGUCUACACUGUAACCCUGAGAUUCUGUGUUCACACUGUAACCCUGAGAUUCUGUGUUCACACCGUAACCCUGAGAUUCUGUGUCCACACUGUAACCCUGAGAUUCUGUGUCCACACUGUAACCCUGAGAUUCUGUGUCCACACUGUAACCCUGAGAUUCUGUGCUGCACACUGUAACCCUGAGAUUCUGUGUCCACACUGUAACCCUGAGAUUCUGUGUCCACACUGUAACCCUGAGAUUCUGUGUCCACACUAUAACCCUGAGAUUCUGUGUCCACACUGUAACCCAGAGAUUCUGUGUCCACAUUUGUAACCCUGAGAUUCUGUGUCCACACUGUAACCCUGAGAUUCUGUGCUCCAGACAGACAAGGAAGAGAAGAUACAAGGACAGGUGAUGAUGCGACCGCCCAGCAGGGAAGAAGAUGUUAUUUAAAGCAUAGCCUGACCUAUAGUGGGAGAUGUCACAAAAGAGGGGGGAUAUUGUCUUUGUCCCUGUAUCUUAUUUCUGUAACCUGAAAGAUUAACUUGGCCUUUGAGAUAGGACGUCUCUUUUAGCAUUUUCUUACUUAGACUUUCUUGGUAAAUGUACACUAGAAUGCUGUUUCUUAAAAUUCACCUUCAUGGGCUCAAGGCUGAGAAGCGACUCUGAGGAGAUACCCCACCUCAGGCUCGGUUUCCUGCGGGGCCUUUAUGCAGUCAGACUCUUCACUUCUCAAAUUUUCCAAAUUUGGAUUUCUCACCAAACAGGAUCUUGGAUCUUACGGUGGUUUUGGUAUCUAGUGACUCUUAUUUUUUCAUAAUUCUUUUUUAUAUCAAGCUUGUUGAGCUCAUGUGAAUGCCUGUAGCAGUUUGGUUGAGAAUUACCCAGAGCCAUGGGUCUCUCUGCCUGCUUCUUCUGAGGUGCUUGCUUUGCUGGGGAAUAAUAGUAGGGGAGAGAAACUGUGUUGGCUGUCUACUCCCCUGCCUUUAAAAUGACACCAAAUGCAAAAUAAGAUGCAAGGUCAGUGAGGGCCACUGCCACCACUAAAAACAAGCAAAAACAAAACAAAACAAAACAAAAGAAAACCACCCAAACUGCAUGAUGAAAAUUUCUUAGAGUUGACAAAAAUCAAGAUAGAUUGAGCUCAAAAAAUAAAUAAUAAUAUUAAAAUUCCUAGGAAGGGAGGGUGAAUGGUAAAAGGCAAAAAGAGGAGAUCCGGUCCCGAGAGUGAAUUAAGCAUCGCUUAAGCCUGGAUCCUCAAAACCCCCAAACCAAACUGGCCAAGACAAGGUUCGUAUCUUUGCUCUGCAGGUGGCUAUUUAAUAAAAACAAGUCAAGACUCCUGAACCUGUUUCACGAGAGAGUAUAGAAUCGAACUGAACCAAAGUCCCAAAAGGAAACAUCAACACUUAGACAAGUCCUAAGAUCCAGUCAGAGAGGGAGUUCAGUUGUGUUUCUCAGUUGGCAUUGUGUUUAUUCUUACUUGCAUAGUUCGAUGUAACAAAAUUUAAACUGUAUAUCAGUCUUAAAAUUCAGAUGAGGUGGGAUAUUGGGGAAAAGCCGAUCUUUGAUGCUUGUGUGGUCUGCUUUUAAGUUUGAUGCAAACUUGUGAGCUAAUUGGAGACUUAGAAAUGUUAAAGGCUGGGGCUGAAGAAAUGGUUCAGUGGUUAAGGGCCACUGGCUGCUCUUCCAGAGGUCCUGAGUUCAGUUCUCAGCAACAACAUGGUGGCUCAUCGCAUGUGUGAAGACAGGUCACUCAUAUACAUAAAAUAAAUAUUUAAAAAAGGAAAUGUUAAAGGGUAGUCAGCAUGUAGCAUCAUUU